GCUAAGAUCAAGUGUAGUACCUUCGGGGAACAGCUAGUGUCUUGGCCAUUGGGUGCCUGGAGGGUGUGUGUCCUUAUAAGGGCACACGAUUCCAGGCAACGAGAGGCGAUCGUUCACUCCGGUGGAAACCCUAAGCCAAGGGGGAAACCGGGAGUGCAAGAGAUUGAACACUUCAGUGAAAACUGGAAGCGUGUCGUUGAGAACAUGGACACUGGCGAAGAUGUCGUUCCAAGCUUCGCUAAGCUGAAGAAUUCGGUUCGUGUCGUGGUGGAAGAGGUGAUCGAAGGAGAAAGUAAGCUGCGCUACAUCGUUGAAGCCAUCCUCGGGGAAUUCGGUCAUGUCAGGAAGACGGAGAUCCUGGCGAUUCAAGAUUAUCCGCGACGAGGAGUAUACGAUGUGACUUUCAAUGGAGAAGGUAUCUUUUUGAGUUUCUUAAAGAUUCUGGAAGGAAAUCGUGAAGAUGCUCGGCUACGUGGAUACAGGGUGUUUCCUCACAUUUCGCAGGAGGAAGUCAUCUUGGUGGUGAAGUCGUACUCUCCUUUCGUGAGUAUAAAGGAGGUAGAGACUGUGCUUAAUCAGUUUUGUGAAAAAUUUACUUUUUCAGGCAAAAUUCUAAGUGAGGUCGGAAUCUGGACAUCAAAGGUGAAAUUCAAGGCAAAAUUCAAGAAAGGCAAGUUACCUCCAGCUAGGUUUAAGUUGGGAGGCAUCAAUUUAGACUGCCAUUUCUCAGGCAUGCCGGUUUUUUGUCGAAGAUGUCGUGCGUAUGGUCAUACAGCCGAAAACUGCAAAGAUUGUGGAAACUGUGGUGAGUCUACUCAUGAGUCGAAAGACUGUGUUCACCCUAAAAAGUGUAAUUUAUGCUUUCAAGUAGGUCACCUGUAUUCAACGUGUCCAAAAAGGAGUAAAACUGUGAGUCAGGAGGAAAUCUCAUCUGGUGAGUCCGGGGAUCCGGAACAGGUGCAAAUGCUCCUUGAGGACCCAGGGGUGAGUGGUCUGGAAGCCAUUGCUUUACAGGUGGAAAGUCUGGCUGUGAAGAGGCCAGACUCUUCAAAAAAGGAAAAGAAGAAAAGGAAAACUGAAAGUUCACAAGUGGAGGUGAAAGUGCAACCCCCAGUUCCAAAAGUGCAACCCCCAGUUCCAAAAGUGCAACCCCCAGUUCCAAAAGUGCAACCCCCAGUUCCAAAAGUGCAACUCCCAGUUCCAAAAGAGAGUGAACAGAAGAGGGUCCAGACAAGAGGUGAGAUUUUGUUUAGACAAUAUAAAUGCAAACCUGACUAUGCUAUUAAAGAAUAUAUUGACAGCUGGACGGAAGAGGAAACAGCGGCAUUGCGAGCAGAUGUGGAUUUUGAAAAUACUUCGGAGGAAUUUCUGAGAUUUCAUAUCUUGGACUACAUCCGAAGAUUGAAGUAAAGGAGUAAAAUAAAAGUUUUUCUUUUUUGUUGUUGUUGUAUA